UCGAAUCUGGUAUACGUGCGACCCACGCCUGGUAUUGCUGGCGUACAAAAUUAUAGCUAAUGAAAAGGGGAAAAAAGGUGUCGUAUAUUAAUUCACUCUAAUCCUACCUAAGGGAAUUUCAAAUAUCACGGCAAUUGAGAUUUCCUUCGUGUAUUAUAACAUUCCUAUAAAGUAUGUCAAGGGAAAAUCGAAUACUAGCCUACCUUUCCUAAUGGAAGUGUGUAAAGUUGCUGCAGAUAUUUAUUCAGAAUUUAUGGAAGUAGCCAUCAACAUAAUUUUGUACUGGCGAAAUGUAUACCCAGCUGGUGCUUUUGAAAAAGGAAAAAUCUAUAAUAUUCCUGUGCAUAUAGCUGUUCACCCUGAGGUUCAGAGUUACAUUGAAAAUUGCAUCAAAAUAAUUCACAAGUUGAUUGAAAACAAUGAAGUGGAACAGGUUGUCAUUUGCAUCUUUGAUAGAACAUUGAAACCCAUUGAACAGUUUAUCUUUGACAUAAAAAUCCCAACCAUCCACACUCUUGAUGAAAAUAACUGUUUUCUUGAUGUGGAGUUAGCUCUGAGAUCUUUCUGCUUAAAAAUUGCUACAUUCAGUGGUAUUAUAGAACCAGAUCCCCUUGCUUUCUGUUUUGCUGUACAGUUACAUACCAAAGAGAGCACUGGUGCUGCUCUAGCGUUCAAUGAAGAUGUGGCUGAUGAGAAAUCCCCAUGGAUUGAAGCAGAUUCAGAGCAUGUUACUGUUAAAGGAGGUGUGAUUGUUCCUUUGCGAGCUGCAACCACAUGUCUAGGAAAGACUGGAUGAGUAGAGUAGCAUAUUUUACCUGUAGAAGUGGAUGGUGAUGGGAAAAGUAUGCAAAUAGUGAGCAAGGUGUCACACUGCAAAUGGUGGCGGUGAUGGGACAGGUCCUUCAAAGGGAGUCAAGACAGUCAAGUUUGCAUCAUUCACUGUACCAAUGAAGAACUCAGCUCUAACAUGACUACUCCAAAAGACAUUGAAUCUUGCUUUGUGAACAUUGAGCAAAGCUGCUGAAAUACAAAACCAUACACUGAUUCUUGCCAUUGUAUAUACAGUAGAAGAUACUGUGCCAAACAUACCAUAGAAAAUGCCAGAGUUUGUUCACUAUGAAUAAGAUUUGGAGAAAAUUUGUACCACAGAAAAUGAAGAUCUCAGCAGAGAGAACUUGUCAAAGAGUCCAAGAUUAUUUCAUCUGAGAUCCUUUUCAAUGUUUGAGCCUUUAUUAAGAGUGUUUGAUCCAAUGUGUAUAUUUUCUUUAAGAAAAAGAGCAAGUACCUGAAAAAUAGCAACAGCAGAGAGACAUUGACUCAGUGUGUGGAAUAGAGGUCUAAUGAGGCAGUCAGAAAUGCUAUGGCAGAAAAGCAAGACACCAGAAUGCUAGCAACUGUUUCUAGAGACUUAGUUGUAGCAGAAGGUCAGAUCAUAUUAUCAUGAAUAUAAUAAAAAUGCACAAAUGUACCUGUAACAGGCAGUGCCCUUAGGGCUAAUCAUAGGAGCUUUGACUUUACUGCCAAUUACACCAAAUUUAUUUUAAUUGAGGAAGGCAGUGGUCAGUGGAGCUCACAGGUCAAUAACUAGGGGAGAUUUAUGGUUAGACUAAAGAAAUCGAUUCUGAGCCUGAGGUUUCACAAAAUACAUCAAUUUUAUUUGAAUUAUUACAAUGACAUACACUUUUUACUUAAAACAGUUAAACCCUUAAUAAUCCACUAAUUCUUAACAAUCCAUCUUUCAAAUUAAUCAAUAUCAACAACAUGGUUCACCUGUGAGAUAUUCAAAUCACAUUAACACACACAUUAACUUUCUUCAUAUAAAUUUCUUUUAUAUUUUAUCCUAAGCUACGUUGAUUGAAUGAGAGAAAUAGAAAUUUUACUUACAUCACACUUGAAGUGUAUUGUUGCAAAUUGGAUACCUUCAUAAUGGAUAGAACUUCCCACACUGGAGAACUCGUUAACCCCUGGAGAGAGAACUGAUUCUUCAGCUCCAGACAUGAGUUUUUAUACGAUAUUUUCUCUGUAUUCUUAUGAGUUUCCAAGUAGUAUAAAUAACUACCUGCAAGUAGUUCUAAUACUUCAUUGGCUAAUUCCUGCAACUCCUUGGGCAUUUCCAAAAGAAGAACCAAAACUGUCAAUUAAUUGGUUAUUGUGGUGGCGGCUUUGGUUGCCUUCUCACUUAUACUACUACUCCAGUUUGUAGUAAUGAAUCCUUCAUCAAAGUACUGAUUUUAGAUGCUACCAUAAACGUUUUAGUAGCCUUUACUGUACUACUAGAUCAAUGUCAGUAUCUUAUCACUGUCAAACUUUUUUAGCGUCUUUACUGGGGUGCAAGGCCUUAGUUUUAAUUGUUUACAACUCUUUAACUCAUGAUUCUUAAUACUAACUAACUAGCUAAUUAUGCUUUGCCUAGCUCUUGACAUCUUUCUUAAAUCUCUUAAACACUAAAAAUACUGAAGAAAUUGUAUGAAACUACUUUAAAAUAACCAAUUGCUUCACUCCUUCCCUCUUAAGAAUUUUUUUUUACCUUGUAAAAAAUUUCUACCUGCUAACUUUGCUGUUUCUAUCUCUCUCUUCAUCAAUCAAUGUUUACAAUAACACCUCUUACUAAUCCUCUUAUUAACACUUAAUAAUCAAUACAGUAAUAUUAUUUGGAUACAACAUUUAACCAACUACUAUACUAGCAAUAAUAUGAUAUUAAGCCACAAUAAUAACAUUAGAUUAAUAUACUACAAUAAUAUUCAUAUCCAGCAUUAACACAAUAUAACUUUAGUAUACAUGUACAAAAUAAGAUAUUUAAAACUGAUUAAUAUACUAACAUAUAACAGUACACCAUGACAAUCGGAUUAUACGUUCAGUAUGCUCAUACAUAAUAAUUAUUCAUGAUUAUUCUAAACAUAUUCUCUUAGUCUUUUUCUCUUUAGAACUCUGCUUGGAAACGUCUAAAGGUUCACUAUUGAUGACCCAGUUGUAAAGAGCACUGGUCUUCCAUUUAGCACAAUGCACACUCUUUCUAACUUACUCAUAGGUAAAAGGUAUGAACUCAACUUACUACAUACAGCUACAUUUUAUGCAGCUACAUACAAUGCUUGUAAUAACUUAAUUAACUCUGUCCUGCUACUUCCUACAGUAAAAUAUAGUUGUUGCAGAUUAUUCUGAAUCCUAGCGUUAAAAAACUAACAUUUCAAUUCCUGGUUUGUGUUGUUCAGUUUGUCUGACUCUAGUGUGUAUCAAUGCAUUAGUAAUGUUUCUAAAGUGGUCGGCAACCUAUGACCCCGCGGGUCACUAAGUGACCCGCGGCAAUAAUUUGGCUGACCCGCCAAAAGUUGGCUUCACUAUUGCAGCCCGUAA